AUGCGGGGAUGGUUGGCAGUGCUGGCACUGGCAACGCUCACGCUGCUGAUCGGCCUGAAACUGCGGUGGAAACGCAGCGAAGAUGAUGAGGACAUGCCAGAAGACGAGGAGGUGCAAUAUGGAGAUCCGGCCGAGCACGAUGCCGCAGUCCGACAGCUGUUCUUUUUGGUCCUGGCAGCCGUGGCCGUGCCCAUCGCGACACUGGUUCUGCAGCAGCGGCAGCUUCUAUACAGGCCGGAGGUGAGUGGGAGGCCAAGAGUUGCAUCUGGCGUUCGAUCCUCGCCGUCUGCUUGGGGCCUGCAGUACGAGAGCUACUUUAUCCGCUCCAGGGAUGGAACAAAGGUGCAUGCCUGGCUCUUGGGCCUACAGAAGCAGGGAGAGAGAAGGCGGCCGGCCAUACUCUUCUUCCAUUCCAACGCAGGAGAUAUUUCUCAGCGCCUGGACUUCUUCAAGCGUUGCUGCAAAAACUUAGAUGUGGUCGUGCUGGCCAUGGAGUACAGGGGCUAUGGCCGUUCGGAAAACGGAGGCAGGCUACGCAGGAUAAAUGAGCAGCGACGGUUCGUCGGGGCAGUGGGAAGAGUCCUUGCGGCUCGAGUGACUUUGAGAAGCUUUGCUCGCAACCCUCGCAUCGGCUUCAGCAUGGCUGGAUCCUGGCUUUUGGCACCACUUCUCCUGGCACAGGCCCUUGCCAGUCCGGACGUGACGUGCCUGUCUUCCAUCAAGGUCAUCGACAACUUCCUGUCCGAUGCUGAAGCGCAGGCCGUGAUCACAGACCUCGAGGCGAAGAAGCCGCAGAGGAGCGGUUUCGAGCGCGUGAGCCAGGAGGCACCAGUGCUCGCGCAGCGCCUCAAGUCCGAGCUGAGGUCAAUAGAGCAGGAGGCACAGCUCUCCAGCGCUGUGGAAGUGCUGGAGCCCGUGGGGGAGCCCGUGGGGGUCAAGCUCAUCCACGAAGUCGCGGGCCACGCAGCUCCAGAGAAGCGUCUUCGGGAAACCAUGACUGGCAAGGAGGCAGCCCAGCUGGAGGCCUCCAAGUCUUCCGUCCCAGUCUCCCGGAAGAGCGGAGAUGUGCAUGAGCAUGCGGAUCACGUGACCCACUGGGUGAACGGCAAGGUUCCGGGGACAGCCGCAGUCGCCUACCUGGAGUCCGCCCCGGAUGGUGGCAGCCUCGGCAAGCUCAUCUUCAAGGACAUUUCUGACGACCAGAAGGUUGUCAAGGAGGUGGAUGCGAUCGCCAAGCGCUUUAUUUCAUGGGACAACAGCAAGUGCUUGCACAGCUUCAAAGCCCGCUACCAUGGCACACGACGCUUGCUCGGUCCUCUUGCGUUGACUUCGUACGGAGACAUGGUGAAGGUGGGGCCUAUCACCCAGCCAACCACCACGACCACGGAAGCACCGGAAGCAACGACCACGGAAGAGCCGGAAGCGCCAAAGAGCUACUACGGCCGUUGGAAGAAGAGCUGGUGGUCUUGGAAGAAGGGCUACUCAGGCUACUCGCAGUCGGCCCCCUCGGGUUCCAGACUUGUUCAGGACGGCUCAUCGGACGCCGUGCAUUUCAUGCAGAUUGACAAGAACGGUAGCCAGAAGGAGCUGUGA